GAUUUUAAAUAUGUUACGGCCGCCAGUUCGGGUAUGGGAGGUCUUCCUUCUUUGCCUACCUACGCGGUUCUCCUAUUCUCAAGAUACUAUUCUGAACCUGUGGGCUUACUACCCUCUUUGACGUAUACUACGUCGUCCUUUCGUUUACAUACACAUAUACUAUAGCUAUAGCGAUGGCUCCCUCAUUCCUGAAGAGCGUUGGCGUUGCUGCCGUUGCCUUCGCUGCUAAUGCUGGUGCCACCCAAUCCUAUCAGGUUUCCGAGGUUUAUAAUUCGACGAAUUUCUUUGACAAGUUCAACUUCUACACAAGCACCGAUCCUAAUGGUGGUUACGUUCAAUUCCAAAGCCAAUCUGCCGCACAAGACCUCGGCCUGGUCAAAUAUAAGAACGGCGAGGUAUAUGUUGGCGUAGAUACCAACAGCGGUUACAGUGCAUCGGGGGUUGGAAGAAAGAGCGUUAGAUUAGAGAGUAAAAACGUGUACAACCACGGUUUGGUCAUCGCCGAUUUCACCCAUCUUCCCAAGCCCGUGUGUGGCUCGUGGCCCGCAUUCUGGUUCUUCGGUGCGCCAUGGCCUACUAAAGGAGAGGUAGAUCUGUACGAAAAUUGGAAUGACCUUACCUUCAACCGUCAUACUGCCCAUGUCGACUCGCCAGAUGUUGUUGGGAGCUGUGCGCUUGCGGCGGCUGACAUGACCGCGACGAUUGACUCUCCGAAUUGCUACGAUUUUGCUCAGGGGCAAUAUAACUACCAAGGUUGCUCAGCUUCAGAAUACUCAAGCACUUUCGGUUCAUCAUCUGGUGGUAUCUAUGCAAUGGAGUGGACUUCGGACUACAUCAAAAUCUGGGACUGGACUAGAACAGGAGCGCCAUCCGACAUUUUGAACGGAAAGCCGUCGCCCAGCUCGUCAUGGGGCACCCCUUCCUACGCUAUUAAGCAAUGCAAUAUCGACAAGGCCUUUAAGGACAUGAACAUGGUCUUAAACAUAGAUUUUUGUGGUGUUGCCGGGCAGACCGACAAGUGGGGUGCAAGCUGCCAGGCUAAAACUGGAUAUUCUACUUGCGCUGAAUAUGUUGCGAAGGGGAACACUGACUUCGCUGAUGUCUAUUUCCAGGUUGAGGAUAUCAAGGUCUACCAGCUCGCGGAUGUUCAGACUUCGACUUCAUCUGCGAUAUCUAGCACUUCAAGCACGCUAAGCACCUCCAGCACCGCUAGCGCCUCAAGCACCUCAAGCACCUCAAGCACUUCUAGCACCUCUAGCAUCGCUAGCUCUUCUGGAUUAAGCUCUUCCGCCACUACUUCUGGCAGCAGCUCAGUGGCGACAACAUCCUCUACCACCACUAACAAUGUAUCAUCGAUUAUCUCGUCAACUGCGUCAUCUACCGCGUCGUCAACUGCCUCUGAUGACGAUGACGAUACCUGUACCGACGAUGGAGAGUCUUCAAGUUCCUAUACGGCAUCUUCUACUGGGAGUGUGUCAGCUACGACGACCGGUUCUGCUAGCGGCUCGCUCGUGACUAGCAGCGCAUCUUUCACAUCGGGACAGAGCACGACGACUUACCCCUUUGGUAACUCCUCCUACACCGGAUCUAGCUCUUCAUCCGAAGCGACAGAAUACACGACGUCGACGAUUUAUGCAACUAGCGUCCACACAAUCACAUCGUGCGCUGCCACGGUGACCAAUUGCCCUGCACGCGGCUACAUCACGACUGAAAUCAUCUCCAUUGGGACUACAGUAUGCCCUGUAACAGCUACUGGCUCGUCCCCCAAGCCGACGACGACUGCCAAUGUUCCUGAAGGUUACACAACAAGCACCGUUGAAGUGACCAAGACAUACACGAUCACCUCGUGCAAGCCUACUGUUACGAACUGUCCCGUAGGCGCCGUCACUACCGAAAUUAGCGUCACUACAACCGUGUGCCCCAUCGGUAGCUCUAGCCCUAGCUCCGGCAAGCCGGUCGGAAGCACCGGUACGUCGAGCCAGCCCGUUAAGAGCACCGGCGUCGCAAGCCAGCCUGAGACUGGAAGCACAGUUACGAGCGGAGCCUCAACUUCGCAUCCCGUGACGACAAACAAGGCAGCCACGCCGUCGACAACGGCUGGCAGCGGCAACAGUGGAAAUGGAAGCGGAAGCGGAAGCGGAAGCAGCGCCAGUAGUGGUACCAGCGUUCUCUUAACGGCAACCGUCUACCCUAUCUCGAGCGGCAAGGUGAGCUACAACGCGACCCUGACGACGUCCUUCGCGAAUACCACAAGCGCAACAAAGACUGGUUCUACAGGAGCGUCAACCAGCAGUAUUGUAGAAGUUAGUGCCGGUGAUAAGAUGGGCGCUAGCUUUGCGCUCGCGGGUUUGGCAGCAUUUUUCUUCUUUGCUAUGUAGAUUGAUUAGAUGGGGAAAUGUAAUUUAGGAUUGGGCUACUGUAUGGUGGUAAUACCUAGAUACUCUUAAAAUUUACAAUCGUAUACUGCA